CACUGCAGCCUAACGUCACUGCUGUCUCUCGGAUCCGCUAGAGGAGAAAUGGCUGCAGCUCUGUCCCGUGCCCUCAAACUACCCGGGAAGAAGGGCUCGGAGCUCGGCGAGUACGACCCUCUCACCCAAGCAGACAGCGAGGACGAGAGCGAGGAGGAUGACCUCGUGCUCAACUACCCCCGGAACGGCCUCGGCCGGGACAGCUGCCUCGGGGCGGGCUCCUCGAAGCUGCGGGGGGGCCGAUCUGGAAGACUCGUGGGGGCCGACGAUGAGGCGCGGGAGGACGAGGAGGAGGAGGAGGAGGAGGAGGAGGACGAGUGGCGGGAACGUCUCCCCAGCAAAUCCAGGCAGGACAGAGAUGACGCCAAGGGCACGCAGUACUGGAGCCACAGAGACUCGGCAAGGGACAGAGGCGGAGAGGACAGGGGAGGGGGGCCCGGGCCUUUGGGGGGCUCCGGGCUCGGGGUUCACGGUGCCGACGUGGAGGAAAAGAGGUUGAGGGUGAAGAACACCGUCCGGAGUGCGUUCUUCCUGGUGCCUCUGGUCACCGCCGCGUCGCUCGUGCUGCUCUGUGCAUUUCUGAUCCCGUGCCAGAAGGGAGAGCUGGAAAAGAGGCCGCAGUGGGAGAGAGCACUGGGAGAUGCUAGAGGGGUCACACCACCCGCGCUGGCGUUGUGGGAUGUCGACGGCGACUCGGUGGAUGAUGUGUUUCUUGGUGUUACUGAAUGGACCAAUGACACCCAUUCCACCCGAGGGAACAAAGUGUACAGCGCGGUGGCCCUGUCGGCGGUCAGCGGUCUGGUGCUGUGGAAGAAAGUGGUGCAGGAGUCUGUGAUGUACAUCCAGUGUGGUCUGCAGUACAGCACCCAGCCCCAGUCCCCUGUGGUCCUCCUCAUCGGGAAGUCCGUUCUCAUGGCAGUCAACGGCACCACAGGGAAGACCUUGUGGUCGUGCCUGCUUAAGGACAUUGAAUCCCAGGCGGUGCUACUCCCAGACCUCCAGGGCGACUCGGUCCCAGAUCUGCUGAUAGCCACCCUGCCUGCAGAUCAGGGGUUGGCUCUCUCCCUGACCUUGUUGUCAGGGCGGACGGGGGCGAAGCUCGGACACCCCGUGCCUUUCAACCUCACCGGACAAGGAAAGCUGAUCGGCCCUUUGCUGCACGAGACUCAACAAGGGGCUUACUACAUCCUCUUUGGACUGGGUAACGUGGAGGCCAUCUCCCUACGUGAUAUCUACUUUCGAGCCACUGGCAAGCCGCCCAUAACUCAGGCACUCAGAAGGAAGGAUGCAGGGUGGGAGGGACUCAAGGAAACCAAUUCCUCCUCCUUCAUACACAUUUACAGAGGAUCUGAUGAAGUGGAGUUCCUGCUCCCUCUUGUGGUCGGCUUGGGCAACAACCACAACACCCUGGACACCGCCUCCAACGUCAACUCCAGUAAAAGCGACUGGGUGCUGGUGUACGGCUCCAGCAAACUGUCAGUGCAUGGCUCCAGCAAACUGUCAGUGCUCAGACAGAAGGACAUACGCAAAGAAUGGACCUUCAACUCGGCUCCCAUUUGCAGCCAACCGGCCCCAGGACACUUCAACGAUGACGGAAUCCUUGAUCUUUUCAUUCAGCAUUUCGCGAAAGGCAUCAUGAAGGUGCUGGUUGUCGAUGGCGCAAACGGGCAUCUCCUCUGGUCGGCAGAAUUCGUGUGUCCCCGUCUCGUUUUGGAAACGUCCGCGAUCUCCACCUCGACUGGCCGAUCGGCUUUCCUCUUCUGGGCCAGUGAUCCAAUCACAGCACAGAAGAACGGUACAAAGACAACUGUGUCACCGGGCGUUGCUGCAGCGGAGCCGCUCAUCAGGAAACUCUUCCUGUUGCACCCUGCGCAUCCCACAAUCCUGCUGGAGCUCACCAGCACCACAGACACGGCCGUCACCUCCGCAGUGAGCUAUCAGGAGCACCAGAAAGACGCCUCCUACAUCACCGUGUCCUCCCGACCCACCCCGGGCUCGGUGCCGGGCGCCCGGAUAGUCAAGAGCAUGAGCCUCCGAGCUGCCAUCACCAAGGGCCAAAUAGUGAGACUGGAGGAGGGCAACAAGCCCGGGGGACCCGUCAAACCCGGCGUGUUCGAGGUCAACAAGUUCUUCAGGGGGUUGUCCUUCAAGCAGUAGUGAGGAGCCACCAGCGCGACAGGAAGUGGGGCAACCAAAAGGACUCGCGCGAGGUUGAAAGGGGACCUGCACUAAGGGGACACUCUGGAUUCAUUUGGAGCUGUAUAUACAUCUCGUUUGGUUUACUAAGUAUGAAUUUGAUUUCCGUUAUGAGACUUCUGCUCUGUACAAAGAUUGUGUAGGUAGGUUGUGGUUUAUUUGAUGUUUGUACAAGGCUUAUUUAAAUUGUUUAACUUGCAUUUUUUGGGGAAGUCUUUAAGAUUUUAUUGAAUGUUGAUUGUUUAAACUUGAUGACCGACAGUGAAGCACAAUAAUCCUGUAAAUGUGUUUACAGUACGCAGCAUUCGUUUAACUCUUCCAAGGCCAGUAUGUUCAUGUGGCUUCUUGUUGUCGUCAUAAAGCCACCAACAGUGUUCCUACUGCUCACCACGCAGUUAUCAGUCUGUAAAUAUGUAAUGCUGCACUCUAUUUAUUGAAUUUGCUUCAGCGUUUUUAACCUUCUCGUUUCAUUUGUUGAUUUAUGUUGUGAAAUAUUUUGAGGUUACAUUUUUGUUUCCCCUCAGAAUAUGUGGCUGCUAAAUGUUCUGGCAUGUAAAAGUAUGAAAAUUCUUAUCGCAUCAUGUAUGAUGUGUCCUUUAUUCACUGUCUCAUGUUUGUGCUUUAUUGAAGUCAUGCAGAGAGAAGAAUUAUCAUUAGAAAAAUAGAGAGCGCAGGGUGUCGGUGUUGCAGCUCUACGUCCAAAAUGAUCUGCAGUUUUCCGCAUUGUUGCACUGAAUUCAGGGUUCUAGUUAUCGACAAGAAGUCAGUCAGUACUUGGUAUCGUACUCUGUUUACAUGCACUACUAAAGUCUUAAUAAAAGGGAAUAACAAUA